AUGCCGGAAGACAUUAAGACCAAGGUUGGUCACGGCGUAGCCAAGGCCUUGGGCAUCAAAGUUGCUUAUCGCGAUCCCCUCGGUGCUACUUCGGACCCCGUCACCAGAGGCGAAUCGACUUUCUCGGUUGGAACCGUCGACACAUACUCCUAUCUGGAGCCCGAACCCACGAGUUUCGACUGGCUGAAGGAGUUGUGGCCUACUUGGGGUCAAUUCGGUCGUUAUGUAUACAGCCUGUUCCCCUUCCUUUCCUGGAUCACGCGGUAUAAUUUGCAAUGGUUUAUCGGAGAUUUGAUUGCCGGUAUUACGGUCGGUGCUGUGGUUGUCCCGCAAGGUAUGGCGUAUGCCAAACUUGCAGAACUUCCUGUCCAGUUCGGUCUCUACUCGUCUUUCAUGGGUGUCUUGAUCUAUUGGUUCUUUGCCACGUCUAAGGAUAUCACUAUCGGCCCGGUCGCUGUGAUGUCCACGCUGGUCGGAGAAGUUGUCAUCGAAGCUCAGAAGAUCGAACCCGAUAUUCCCGCGCACAUAAUCGCAUCUGCCAUGGCCAUCAUCUGUGGUGGUAUUGUCUGUUUCAUGGGCUUGGCUCGUCUCGGAUUCAUCGUCGACUUCAUUCCGCUUCCCGCCAUUUCGGCUUUCAUGACGGGAUCCGCCAUCAACAUUUGUGCUGGUCAGGUGAAAGACAUGCUUGGCGAGUCGGCCGACUUCUCCACAAGAGGCGCGACUUACAUGGUGAUCAUCAACACCUUGAAGCACCUUCCCUCGGCCGGCAUUGACGCCGCCAUGGGUGUCAGUGCUUUGGUCAUGCUCUACCUCAUUCGCUCGGGCUGCAACUACGGUGCUAAGCGAUUUCCUCAUCGUGCUAAGAUCUGGUUCUUUGCGUCGACCUUGCGAACGGUGUUCGUGAUUCUCUUUUACACUAUGAUCAGUGCGGCUGUGAAUUUGCAUCGUCGGGAUGACCCGAUGUUCAAGCUCCUGGGCACGGUCCCUCGUGGUUUCCAAAAUGCAAGUGUUCCAGUUGUCAACGCUAAGAUUAUCAAGACUUUCGCAAGCCAACUCCCCGCGUCGGUUAUCGUUUUGCUCAUCGAACACAUCGCCAUCUCGAAGUCCUUUGGUCGUGUCAACAACUACACUAUCGACCCCUCUCAGGAGUUGGUGGCUAUUGGCGUGUCGAACCUCCUUGGUCCCUUCCUCGGUGGGUAUCCUGCCACCGGAUCUUUCUCCCGGACUGCUAUCAAGUCCAAGGCCGGAGUCCGAACGCCGCUUGCCGGUAUCAUUACCGCCGUUGUUGUCUUGCUCGCUAUCUAUGCCCUCCCGGCCAUGUUCUUCUACAUCCCUAAGGCCUCUCUCUCCGGUGUCAUUAUCCAUGCCGUAGGUGAUCUUAUCACUCCCCCCAACACGGUGUACCAAUUCUGGCGUGUUUCGCCGCUGGAUGCGAUCAUCUUCUUCAUCGGAGUCAUCGUUACCAUCUUUAGCACCAUUGAAAUCGGCAUUUACUGCACGGUCUCCAUCGCUGCCGCCGUCCUUCUCUUCCGCGUGGCCAAGGCCCGCGGCCAGUUCCUUGGCCGUGUCACUAUCCACUCGGUGGUCGGCGACCACCUGUUACAAGGCGAUGGAAAGUACGGUUCGCCCAAUGCGCCCAACGCCUCAGCCCACGACGAUGUUUCCCAGCGAAGCAUUUUCCUCCCGAUCAACCACACCGACGGAUCGAACCCCGAAAUCGAGGUGGAGCAACCUUACCCUGGUAUCUUCAUCUACCGCUUCUCGGAAGGGUUCAACUACCCGAAUGCCAAUCAUUAUACCGACUACCUCGUUCAAACCAUCUUCCGUCAAACGCGCCGCACGAAUCCAUUUGCCUACGGUUCGCCUGGCGAUCGACCCUGGAACAACCCUGGGCCGCGCAAAGGAAAAUCGGAGCCCGACCGUUCACACUUGCCCACGCUUCGCGCUGUCAUCCUCGAUUUCUCUUCCGUUAACAACGUGGAUGUGACCUCGGUGCAGAAUCUCAUCGACGUUCGCAACCAGCUUGACCUCUAUGCCUCCCCGCAGUCCGUGCAAUGGCACUUCGCGCACAUCAACAACCGCUGGACCAAGCGAGCCCUCGCCGCUGCCGGUUUCGGUUUCCCGACCCCGACAUCCGAGGAUGGAUUCCACCGGUGGAAGCCGAUCUUCAGCGUGACCGAAAUCGAAGGAAACGCGUCUGCUGCGGCCCAUGCGGAAAUGAUGACCAACGAGCACGCGUAUCAGGCCAGUCACAAGACUGGAGAUCUCGAGAAUGGCCUCAAGCACGAUCAUCACACCACUGAGCGCGAGACUUACGGAAUCGAGGUAUCUUCCGACGGCAGCAGCGGCCAAGAAGACAAACUGCAGCGCGAUCUCAAGGACAGCAAAGCGUACCGGAACCGACGCAAGGUGGCUUUGGUGCAGGGCAUCAACCGGCCAUUCUUCCAUAUCGACUUGACGAGUGCUCUGCAGAGUGCCUUGGCCAAUUACGGCGAGGAAGAGCCCGUCAAGCCGGCUCAAGAUGCCUAA